UGAGAAAACUUUUCUCCACAGCAGCAGCAGUGAAGUAAAGUUGACCAACUCAGAGGUCAGCGCUUUCUUAUCAGAGGGAGGGAAAAAAAUAAAUAUUAAGAGGAAGAAAAUCUGGGAUCUGUGGACAUUCUUCAACUAUUUCACUUUGGGAUUUUUAAAGUUUAUUUUCCGUACCGGAAACUGGUGAUCUGGUGUUUCUUUUUUUUUUUUAAAGAAAAACAGAAAUCCACCUUUGGAAGCUGUGAAGAUGGGAAUGUUCCUCUGAGCCAGGAUUGUUUCGUGGAUUUGGGAGGAGGAUGAUGAACUUUUAAUAAUAACCCCCUGGUUCCUGUAAAUACCCCCCCCCCAAAAGAAGUUAUUUGGCCCCCCGUGUGCAGCGUCAGUGGAGAAACCAGCUACCACCAUGGGUCCCCUGGCUACGCCUAAAAAAGGGAGGGAAGUGCGUUCAGUUGACCCCUGGACGCCGACCUCCAACCUCAAAAUGCUCAUCAGCGCUGCCAGUCCUGACAUCCGGAACCGGGAGAAGGAGCUGUGCAUGGACCAUGACGGGCGGGAAGCUCUCGACUCUGCACGGGACACUGAGAACGGAGAAGAGUCUGAGAAAAUGAUCAGCAGAAAAGAGAAGAGUCUGGGCUUGCUCUGUCACAAGUUCCUCGCCCGCUACCCGGAUUACCCGAACCCGGAGCUCAACAACGACAUCUGCCUGGACGACGUGGCCACGGAGCUCAGCGUGGAGCGCCGGCGCAUCUACGACAUCAUGAACGUGCUGGAGAGCCUGCACAUGGUGAGCCGCUCGGCCAAGAACCGCUACUGGUGGCACGGCCGCUCCAAGCUGGCGCAGACGCUCGCCAUCCUGAAGCAGGUGGGCGAGGAGCACCGGUACGGCCAGCAGAUGCAGCAGAUCCGGCAGCGAAUCCUCCUGGACAGGGAGUUCGACUUCGACGGCGACGAGAAGGAGAACGAGAGCGAGGAGGUGGCGCCGGCGGAGCUGGAGAGCGGGGAGCACGGGCAGAGGGAGCUCUUCUUCGUGGAGCUUCCGGGAGUAGAGUUCAAAGCAGCCUCCGUGAACAGUCGGAAGGACAAAUCUCUGCGGGUGAUGAGCCAGAAGUUCGUCAUGCUCUUUCUGGUGUCGAGUCCUCGCGUGGUCAGUCUGGACGUGGCCGCGAAGAUCCUGAUCGGGGAGGACCAGGGCGCCGACCAGGACAAGAACAAGUUCAAGACCAAGGUGCGGCGGCUCUACGACAUAGCGAACGUGCUGCGGAGCCUGAAGCUCAUCGAGAAAGUCCACGUGACCGAGGAGAGGGGCAGGAAACCGGCCUUCGAGUGGGUGGGCCCCGUGGAAUUCCCACAAGUCAAAGACCUGGAGAGCUCCGCGUCCGAGUGCCCGGCCAAGAAGAAGAAUGUCCUGGAGUCCCGUGCGUCGGUGGACAACUGUGCCAAAAAGCUCUUUUCGUCGCCGCCCGGAGGUAAACGCCGUUUCACCCGGCACCAGUCCCUCAUCAAGCUGGCGAAGAGCAUCCAGGACGACCGGCGCAAGAUCAACUCGGCCCCCAGCAGCCCCGUCAAGAGCGCCGCCGGAGAUUCAUCAAACACAGACUUGCCAAACAAGAUGGCUCAACUUGCGGCAAUUUGUAAAAUCCAGCUUGACCAGGAGUCAGUGACUGUGAAACCUGCUGCUAAUGCUGCUGCGAGGUUCGAGCCGACCUCCUCCAGUUCUGUGGAACCGCCUCGGGCUGCGCUACUGACUCCGACCCAGGAGCCCGGAGUCAACGCUACCGUCUACCUCACGCCACUGGCGGCCAAGCCCGCGGGCCCCCUCGCCUACAUCCCCACGCAGUGUUCGCCCCUGAUCCCCGUCCUCCUGCCUCAGCAGCGGUGCAGCGGGCCGUACGCCGUGUACCUGCAACCGUCUUCCCUCAGGCCCAACCCCCUGGCCCGGCCGCAGCCGACCAGCCUCGCCGUGCGCUCCAUGACCUUCGAGGACAGGACCGGGCAGAGCCCGACGGGUCAGUCCGCCGCCAGGGCGUCCGACGUCAGCCCCUUGGCGCUCAAACGGCUGCGUCCCGAUUCGGCCUCGGAGAGCAGCCCGUCCAAAGCCAAGAGGACGGACCCCAACUUCAAGGACGCGUCUCCGAAGCUCUGUGAGAUCCUGCAGGCGCGUCUGAAGGCCCGCUGCGGGAACCAGCUCCCCAGCCGGCCCUCGCCGCGCGCCCUCCACCUGGACCCGGAGUUCGUCAACACCCCUGGCGGCGGCGGCGCCAGCCAGACGCUGGAGCAGAGCCUGGAGAACUUCCUGGACCGAGAGGACAAGACGGGGUACUCCGACGGCGAGGCCGGGUUGACGCCGGUCAGAGCCGUGCCCCUCACGCCCGGACAGCUCCACUCCGAGACUUUAGUACCGGCCGGAUACCUGAUCCCAAUCUCCCAGCAGUCCCUCAUCAGCUACAGGGAAACUAAAGGUUCAGGGGGAGAAGGCAGCAACAAGGCCUCGACCCCCACGUACAACAUUUACCAAACACCAACCGCAGGCUCCCGACCUGCCCUGCCCCAGGAGAUUACACCCACCGGCCUUCGCCUUCACGGACCCGCUGCUGCCGACUCCCCGCGCACCGCGCAGCAGCAGCAGCAGCAGCAGCAGCAGCAGCAGCAGCAGCAGCAGCAGCAUGCCCACCACCUCCACAGCCCCAGUCCGGCCAUCCUCAACUUCACCCUGCAGAACCUGGGCCUGAUCUCCGCCUCCAGCCCAGUAGGCGCUGCCUUCGCCACCCCCCAGACCCCGGAGCGAGCCAACACCCUGAGCAGCCCGCUGGCUCUGCAGCAGAGGGGCAUGAUGUUCAUCAAACCCGUGUCCCCCGUCCCCGUCCACCAGACUGUAUCUGCUCAUCCGGUGACCCUGAUCAGUUUACAACAGAUGACGACCCCCAAAGGCGCCGGACUCCCCCCGCACAGCUUCUUCCACACGCCCGGCCCCCUCUCGCCUCUGGCCGCCGUGGUAACCACCACAGGUGGACACGCGGCCGCCAAAACUGUUUACAUCCCUCAGAGAAAGCUGGACACUGAGGACUCGUGAAAAGGGAACCGGCUGGUGCCUGUGUUCGUCCUGUGUGUGUGUGUGUGGGUGGUGGGUGGGUGUUUCAGUCACGUUACAGUAUUCAUUACCUCUGAACAUUUCACCGCGGCCUCCCUGACUUCAUUCUUAUCACGGUCAGCUUCUUAAAAUAGCUGCCAGAUACUGAUGAACACUAUUGUCCUGCUCACUGUGACACUGCGACAACUUGUUCUCCAUAAGCUAAUGGAGGGGAAAACAGUCUUGUUUUUUUAUUUUUUAUUUUGUUGUUAUUAUUUCUACAAAUUCGGGUGACAAAUUCCCAUUUUAACUUCAAAUUCCCAAGAGUGGUUAAACCUAAAUCCCAUAAAGAACGAUGCACCCAGCUCAGUUUGAUUGGAACAUUGAUGACUGAUAAUUUAAUUGCUAAGUAAUAAAAAAAACUAAUCAGAUAACUUUUGCACAUAUGUACAUAAUGUACAUGUUAAGUUUUGCCCCCCCCCCUCUUUUUUAUAAAAAAAUGGAAUUGUUAAGAAUAUGUGAAUAUUUGUGAUCAUUUUUGAAUCCAAUGAAAAAUGUUUGAUGAGUUUAAUUUAUAAGCAAAUUACAUUUCUGAUGUCAUGCUGAAUGUAAAAUGCUAAAUAAAUUUUUAUCUUUUUUUUUUUGUCUAAGAA